GCAGCAGUCAGAGCAGCGGACGUAGCUCAGCGGACAGUCAGUGAGCCGGAUUACGGACUAAAUUGUGGACAUUAUAUCACAUUUUUCCUCCCUCCGAGCUCCCAUCCUGCUUUUAAAGCAUCAGCAUGUCCAGUGAGGUGCAGCCGAGGCCGGACGACAGCCCCAACACCAGCGGGGGCAGCUCGGAUGCCGAGCAGAGGGAGGCGCCUCCACCAGAGCAACCGGGCCCCGAGCAGCGGGAUCAGACCCAGCCUAAGAAGAAGGAGGCCAAGAUCUCCAGCAAGACGGCGGCCAAGCUCUCCACCAGCGCCAAGAGGAUCCAGAAGGAGCUAGCAGAGAUAACCUUGGACCCGCCGCCAAAUUGCAGUGCCGGCCCUAAAGGAGAUAACAUCUAUGAGUGGAGGUCGACCAUCCUGGGCCCUCCGGGCUCCGUGUAUGAAGGAGGAGUCUUCUUCCUGGACAUCGCCUUCACACCAGACUACCCCUUUAAACCACCCAAGGUGACGUUUCGUACCAGGAUCUACCACUGUAACAUCAACAGUCAGGGAGUGAUCUGUCUGGACAUCCUGAAGGACAACUGGAGUCCUGCCCUCACCAUCUCCAAGGUCUUGCUGUCCAUCUGCUCCCUGCUCACUGACUGCAACCCUGCCGACCCCCUGGUUGGAAGCAUCGCCACACAGUACCUGACCAACAGAGCCGAGCACGACAGGAUAGCCAAACAGUGGACCAAACGCUACGCCACAUAGACCUGCACGCCCUCUCUGGACCCUUCAACCUGCCUAUCCCACACAAACACCUCCUAAAUCUAUGGAAGCACACCCGCUCCUGUCAUCGACCCUGCCCCCGUCUCUGCCCGCCCCCUGAGAAACGAACUGUUAUUUGUUCCAUGCUGACUUGAAAAGCUUCUUUUUUAUACAAAGAGUCUAUUGGGAUUGUAUUUUCCAAUACACUGAAUGUUGAUAUGGUCAUGAAAAGCUUUAAUACUGUUCUUGUUCUUGUCGAUUGUUGUUGUUCUUAUUGUUGUUGCAUUGUUUAUAACAUCGUCGCCACCCUUGUCGUAUUACUCCUGUUUCAAGUGAUGGUGUCAUGUGAAGACGCUUUGACUGAGUGAGUGCGUUUGUUGUUUUCAGCUCAUGGUGGACUUUAGUGCAUGGCAUCAGGACAUGUGUUCCUGCAGUGGACAUGUAGUCAUGGUAUUAUUUCAGGCAUGGAGUGAGCCCAUCACCAUGUAUCAUGAUGAUAGCGGUAGUUUGCUGUACAUUUAAAGCCUUGUGAGAAGACAUACUCAUUGAAUACUCGAUUAAACACUGGCUGUAAUGUGA